UCAAUAUUUAUCAACACUUUUUGAGCCAUCAUGACCUUAUGUAUAUUAACAGGUCGAUAUAACAAUCAAUUUCCAAUUGAUUAUCGAUUGAAGGGUUACAUCGUCCAAUGGUUAAUCAUGAUUAAUUGGUAUACCAACUUAGAUAAUCUCAAAUGGCCUCAUCCUGCAUUUUGUUUGUUGAUUUUCCUAUUAUCCUAUGUUGAGUGUCAAAAUUGUCCACCCUUGAGGUUACCAGCAUAUGGUGAAUGGCCAACCGGAUCUUGUGUUAAUACUGUCGGACAGAGAUGUUUAUUUGGUUGCCAAAGAGGUUUUGAACUAAUUGGUUCAUCUCAUCGCACCUGUUGUGAUAAUGGAUCCUGGACUGGGGAAGAAGCAAUUUGUAUAAAUCAGCAGAUUCGUUGUCCUGAGCUGAUAAUCCCAGCUGAUGGACAACUGAUAGGCAAUUGUCUGCCCUAUGCUGGGGGAACCUGCAAUAUUCAGUGUUUAUCGGGUACUAGUCGGUUGAUUCAAAGUGUUUGUAAUAUAAAUGGCUCAUGGUCAGAGCCAAACCCACGCUGUACACCACCAAUCAUCUGUCCCAAUAUAGUUGGGGUUACCAAUGGACGGAUUGAAGGCGCUUGUUCUCCAGGAUUUCCUGGUUCAACGUGUUCGUUUUCAUGUAAUCCAGGUUUCACGUUGGUUGGUGCAUCGACAUUAGUAUGUUCAUCAACUGGCUAUUGGUCUGGAGAUCAGCCAGUUUGUGCUCGGCAAAUGUGUCCUCCAUUACCUAGUUCAGUGAAUACAAUUUUAAUAGGCAACUGUUCACCCGGGAUUGUUGGAUCUACGUGUAGUUAUGAGUGUACACGAGGCUUCGUAUUGAGAGGUCAAUCGCAACUUACAUGUACAGCAACUGGUGAAUGGUCAAGUCAACCGCCAACAUGUGAACCAAUAGGAUGUCAACAAUUGAAUCGACCUCUUAAUGGCCAAUUAAACGGUACUUGUAAUCCUGGUAGAGUAACGGAAUUGUGCAAUUUGAUCUGUGAUUAUUGCUACGCACCUUCAUCUAAUCCGAGUUUAACUUGCAGUGAAACUGGUCAAUGGUCCGAUCCAUUACCUAACUGUUUACCCAUAACAUGUUCACGACUACCAAGUCCAAUGGUUGGAACCUAUUCUGGCAAUUGUAAUCCAGGUCUGUGUGGACAGCCUUGCAUCCUUAAUUGUGGUCCAAACUAUGUGACACCAACUAGUGAGAUACUAUGUACACCAAGCGGUUGGGAAACACCAACACUUCCUACUUGUGUGCGUAGAAACUGUCCACCGUUACCACCGUUAGCUAAUGGUCUUAGCGAAGGCGCUUGUAGUCCCGGUAUAGCCGGUUCAUCUUGUAUUUAUCGGUGUAAUCCUGGCUACGCUUUGAUAGGUAACCCAAGUUUUGAUUGUUUGGCUGAGACUGGUAAUUGGACAGCUGGUGCUUUGCCUGUUUGCACACCAGUUAUUUGUCCAUCUAUUGUUCCACCCCCUGGUGGAUCAAUUAAUGGUAAUUGUUCUAGUGCCACCUUUGGAUCAACUUGUUCAAUCAUCUGUUCACCACCACUCAAUUUACAAGGCGAGCCUACAUUAACUUGUACAGCAAACGGUUCUUGGAAUCACCCAGUACCUUUGUGCAUUGAACCACCACCAAUUACUUGUCCAGCGCUUGUACCACCGUUAAAUGGCCAGUUAAUUGGAACUUGCUCACCAGGUUACUCUUCGAGAACAUGUUUUGUCAUGUGUACCGAUGGAACAGUGCCUUCAGGCCCAAACGAAUUGACUUGUUUACCCCAAGGUAAUUGGGACAACCCUGUUCCUCUCUGUGUACUCAGAUCAUGUCCAGACAUUGGUAGCAUUGAAAACGGUGUUACUCGAGGUGACUGUUCGCCAGGUGUUCCCGGUAGAUUGUGCUCGUUUGCAUGUGAUAAUGGUUAUUCAUUACAAAAUGGGCCCAACGUAAUUGAGUGUUACCCAAAUGGAACCUGGUCUGGUUCACCUCCUUCAUGUUUACAGAUAACUUGUGAACCUUUAGCUCAACCCUCACCCAACGGUGGUCUCCAAGGCUCAUGUAAUCCUGGUUAUAUAGGAGAACAGUGUAUCUUCACAUGUCCACCAGGUUAUCGACUGAUUGGUGCAACUAAUGCUCUUUGUCAACAAAAUGGAACCUGGUCAGCAGUUCCACCUUUCUGUAUACUGGCAACUUGUCCCUCUCUUACUUCACCUAUUUGUGGAUAUGCUUAUGGCACUUGUUCACCCGGAGCAUUAGGCGAAUCAUGUACUUUUGCUUGUGCACAAGGCUGUUACCUGGAUGGUGCAGAAGUUUUGACAUGUCUCGAAAAUGGAAGAUGGUCAGCUUUUCAACCCGUCUGUCGAGUUAAUACUUCCACUAAUGGUCCUGGAACUGAUCCUGUGACAACCGAUGACCCAGGGUCAACAGAUUAUCCUGAACCAGGACCAGAUCCUGAUCCUGACCCUGAUCCAGACCCAGACCCAGACCCGGACCCAGACCCGGACCCAGACCCAGGACCCAAUCCAACACCAACAACACCACCUGAUGGAACUAAUACGACUGUAACACCUCCUUUGGCCUUUUGCCCUUCUCUUCGACCUCCUCGAGGUGGUGUACUUUAUGGCAAAUGUGCUCCUGGCUUUGCCAGAGCAACAUGUACAGUUGUUUGUUCACGAGGUUACAGAUUAUACGGUCGACUGACAGCUACUUGUACAGUUACUGGACAAUGGUCUGGUCGGUUAGGAAUUUGUCGAGUUUCAUCAGCGACUCAAUAUGGUCAGUGUUGUCGCCCUCCUACAGCUCCGUUAAAUGGUCGUCUGGCACGGUGUAACUAUUCAAUGGGAGGCAAAUGUUGGAUUGUCUGUGCAGCUGGAUUCAGAGCUAACGUUGCUCAACCAUUAAUUUGCCGAGCAAAUGGUAAUUGGAAUUACAAUCCAGCUUCAAUUAGGUGUACGAGGCAAACAAGGACUGUAAUGUAUGUUUGGCGAUGGCUUGGUUGAUUAACAAAGAUGCAAAGACAAAAAUUUAACCCACAAAUUCAAUGAUAAUUUCCUAAAACAUCUCAAUCAUAUCAAAACACUUUGGAUACUCGCAUGAUUAAUUUCUCACUGGUCUUGCCAUGUAAAGGAAACAUUGUGAAAAUGACAUUUUUUUGUAACCAUUUACUCAGUUGAAUGUUAAUUUUUGUCAAAAGAUUGUAAUGUUUCCUUGUGACAAAUAAACAACUAUUAAUGGUAAUAAUGUGUACAGUGGACUAGUAAUGAUUGAUUUAAGCCUUACUUUGUAAUUUAAUUGCCAUGGAUCAUCAGUGAUGUGAAACUGAAUGGUCAACUGGUUUAUUAAUUCAUAGACUCAAUUGUAUUAUUGUAUUUUCGAGAGUCAAACAAUUUAUAGUACAAUUAAUAUGAAAGUAUAUCAAUAAAAAAAACAGGGGUGAUUGUUGAACAUCA